AUGGAAGAGGAAGAUAAAGAGCUAAUCUUUAAGAAAGGAAAGACAGCACAAAACCAAUUAGUGAAUGGAGUUUUGUUGGUUGGAUAUGGCACCGAGACGUAUUAUUAUUGUUUUUUGCACGACAAGUGGCUGACCAAGAGUGGGAUGAGUGAUCAUAUUAAAAAGGUUCACACAGCAGCAAUGAAAAUCCGUGUAACCGACCCAAGAGGUAUUUUGAUUGACUUCGUGAAACAGAAGGAAAAACUCUUUGGGCUUUUUGAUAAAAAAACACUUGAAGAGACGUUUUCAAAUUAUAUCGUCAAAAGGAAGAGUGGCCUCAGAAUUCGAGACUGUUUCGACAAAACUGACGCAGAUUGUGUUGCAAAGGUUGUUGUUGAAAUCAAUAAACUAAACCAAUGUGAAGCCGUUUCCAAACAGACAGAAGACGUUCCUCCCAAUAUUGUUAUUCCAUUCAUGAAUCACGACAAACUACAAACAAUGCAACUUGAUUCAAGCAUAUUACCCUUCUACACCAAACCAAUAGAAACUCCUUCAAACAAAACUUCACAAGAAGUGCUUCAAAAAGACAGUUUAGAAGUAAAGAAUGGCGAUAACACAACAAACACAAAGACCCCGACUGUUCAAAAACAAAUUCUAUAA